AUGAGCAACCCAAUCGACUCCAAGUCGCCCGGCGGCGACCCCGCAAAGGUUGAGGCGUAUGCCGCCAACGUCGACCAUGUUGCCGACCUCGACGAGAAGGCGACGGCCGCGGCAUACAAGGCCGAUGCCAUCGAGGCGGAGCAGGCAGAGUAUGACAUGGGAGUGCUGGAGGCCGUCAAGCUCUAUCCCAUGGCCUCCCUCUGGGCUUUUAUCAUGUCCACGACAAUUAUUAUGGAGUCUUACUGUGUCUUCCUAAUGGGCUCUUUCGUGGCCAUGGACGAGUUCAAGGAUACGUUUGGUAUCAUAGACAAAGACGGCAACAAAUCAAUCGAGGCAUCGUGGCAGUCUGCGCUCCAGGUGGGUGGCCCUCUUGGUGCCAUCAUUGGCGUUUGCAUCGCCGGUCCCAUCACCAGCCGUAUUGGGUAUCGUUGGGCCACGAUUCUUGGCCUCAUGCUCUUGAACGCCUUUAUCUUUGUUUUCUAUUUCGCCAACUCACUCGCCGUCAUGUUUGUCAGCCAGCUUCUAGAGGGCAUCCCAUGGGGCAUCUUCAUCGCCAACGCACCAGCAUACUGUAGCGAGAUUGUGCCCAUGAGGCUGAGAGCCCCUGCAACCCAGAUGUUGCAGAUGUUCUGGGCCAUUGGCGCCAUUAUUGUAGGCGGUGUUUGCUACGUGUACGAGAGUAAACACGACGCUAGUGCAUACAGGAUUCCUAUUGCGCUUCAAUGGAUGUUCCCCACACCCCUCGCCAUCCUCCUCUUUGUGGCUCCCGAGUCACCUUGGUGGCUGGUUCGCAAGGGACGUCUUGAGCAAGCUGCAGUUUCGAUUCGACGCCUUGGGCGUGCGUCGGCUACGAACGCCGAUGAGACUGUCGCCAUGAUGCGUCGUACUAUUGAGCUUGAGAAAACCGAAAAGGAGCCUAGUUAUAUUGAGCUGUUCAAAGGCACUGAUAGAUACCGCACCCUCAUUGUUUGUGGUGUGUAUGCGGCUCAGAACCUCACGGGUAACCUUAUCGCCAACCAAGCCGUUUACUUCUUCAGGCAGGCCGGUAUUGGUUCGCAGCUUGCCUUUGCCCUUGGUCUUAUUACCUCCGCUCUACAAACUAUCUUUGUUAUGCUUUCUUGGAUUCUCACGACAUAUCUCGGCCGACGAACCAUUUACGUUUGGGGCUCGUUCAUUAAUGUCCUCUUUCUGAUCGCGCUUGGCGUUGCAGGCUCUGUUGGCACGUCUACCUCGGCCUCUUUGGCGAUGGCGUCACUGGGCCUUAUCGUCUCGGUUGGUUUCACGCUUGGCCCUGCACCCGCUUCGUGGGUCAUCAUUGCAGAGACAUCGUCUGUUCGCCUCCGCCCCCUGACGACUGGUAUUGGACGUGGAGCCUACUAUGUCGUGAACAUCCCUUGUAUCUUCCUCGCAACUUAUAUGCUCAACCCGACGGGCGUGAACCUGGGCGGCAGGUGCGGCUACGUUUGGGGUGCAACUGGCUUUUUCUGUUUCGCCGUAUCGUGGCUCUACUUGCCAGAGAUGAAGGGUCGGUCCUUCCGCGAGAUCGAUAUCCUAUUCAAGCGACGUGUCCCAGCUCGCCAGUGGGAGAAGACCGUUGUCGACAUCAACGACGACGAGUAG